AUGGAUGAUGAUAAAGAUUCAUUUAUUGUAUUCAUUGAAAGCGAAUCAUUUGAUAAAACUCAAAAACUCAAACAUGAUUUUUAUCCAGAAUCAUCUGAAGGAUAUUCAUUUCUUGAAUUGUGUUGCUAUCACGGAGCGGUUGAUUGUUUUAAGUUAUUAAGAACAAAAUUCAACUCAGAAAUUACUCCACAAUGUCUUCAAUUUUCAUUCUUAAGUGGGAAACCAGACAUUUUGAACGAAUGUUUGAAAUUCCAAGAACCCGAUCAAGAAUGCAUGAGAUAUGCAAUUAUUUCAUUCAAUGUUGAUUUUAUAACAUUUUUGAAUAGAGAGUAUGAAUUAGAAAUCGAUUUGGAUACUUGUAGGCUCUGGAAGAAUUACCAAGCUUUCUUUAUUUAUCUUGAUGUUUCAAAUGACAUUGAAAACUGCUUUCCUUAUACUCCCUGUUUCGGUACUUCUAUUUUCGAAUAUUUUAUUUCACAAGGAGUUGAUAUUAAUGCAAAAGAGAAUCAAUUUCAUGCUACAGCCCUUCAUUUCGCAGCCCUUAUUGGUAAUAUAGAAAUAGUUAAAUUUCUUAUUUCUCGUGGAUUAAAUAUUAAUUCAACUGAUAUUAGUGGGGCAUCUAUUCUAAAUUAUGCAGCUUUUUACAGUGACAAAAAAACGAUCGAAUUCCUUAUUGAAAAUGGAGCAGAUAUUAAUGCAAAAAAUAAAAACGGAAUUACCAUUCUUCAAGUGGCAGCUUCAACAAAUAAUUAUGGUGCUGCAAAAAUUCUUAUUUUGCAUAGUAAGAAAAUUAUUUCAAAAAGUAAUUUUGAGGAAACAAUUGCUUUUAUCGAUGAGCGAGAUAAUGAUGGAUAA